AUGCAGAGUGAAAUGACGAGUCAGGCUGUUGGGUUGUUCAAAUUACAAAUGAGAUCUGGCCCAAUGAUCUCCUGCCAUCAACUAUUGCCUGGUAUCCACAAGAUGUUAUUCCGGUUUAGAUCCAAAAGUGUGCAUCAGUCCGAAGGAGUAGACACAGGAUACGAACUUACAGUCAAUGAACAACAACGAAUGUUCAUCGUCAAACUGGAAGAAAAGCUAAAACAAAUGGUUAGUACUUCGGAAACUGGCUACAAGAGCGCAGACAAAGUUGAUAUAUUAUGUUGGACGAUCAAAAACAUUAAGCGGAUCAAAUGGAUAAAAGAGAGUGGAUGA